GCUUCUUCUGGGGGUCAUCAUGCCACUUGCUUUUGCUGUCCUGGCCUGAGGAACAUCGCCUGCAAUGAUUCAUUCAUCCCCAGGCUCUGCAGUCAGGCAUGUAUGUCAUAUCCACAGGACAUACAACAAGUGUCUGAUAGGUGAGGGUCCAACCUCUAGUUCCAGGACGCAGGACCCCUGUCCCUACAGAUGAGGCAGCCAUCGACCACAUCCAGAUCUAACGUGCCCUGCUAAAAAAUCUCAUCAUAGUUGAAAUUCAAAAACCACACCAGGUCCGACCAUCCGUCUGAAAACUGCAAGGACUGGAGACACCACCGUUACUGCCUUCUCACCAUGGAUCCCAUAUCAUUUACUGCCCCCACAACCCUGGCAGCGCCUGGCUUCGUUCUGGAGUACAGACUUCAGCUGAUCGGCUCCUUGACUCUCAAUGCCUUCACCACAAUGCCCAUGUUACCUUGGGUGGUGGCAGAGGUCAGGAGGAAAAGCUUAGAGAGGUCCAAGGACUCCCCACCUGUCCGGCUGUAUGUGUCAGCCACCUGUAUCUGCUGCGAGCCGGACCCCGGGGACAGCCAGCAGUGGGACCCUCUCAUCUGCUCUAGCAUCUUUGAACACAAGCCGCAGUUGGUCCAGAAACUGAUACACAACAGUCAGGAUCCCAAUUAUUUUGCCUGUCUCCUAAAGGAGGGAGACGUCCCACAUCAGCAGAGCACAUGCUAUGUCUUCCGAGCUGCCGACCAAGACAAAGUGCCUGAAAUAAUUGGCUCCAUCAGACAAGCCGGAAAACUAGCACGGCAAGAGGAGAUCCAUUCUCAGUUAUGUGACGGGGACGACGCUUUCUCAAAAAAGUUUGAGGUCCUGUUCUGUGGCCGAGUUAUUGUGGCCCAUAAGAAGGCACCGCCUGCCCUGAUAGAUGAAUGUAUUGACAAGUUCAACCAUGUCAGCUGCAGCCAACAGAAAGACGUGGACGAUCCGCCUCCGCAGACAGACUCCAGCACCGCAGUCACGUUCGGAGACAAACUGCGCUCUGCUUUCCAGGCGACCUUUAAUGAGGACGAUAAAAAUAAACCCAUGCGUAAAUCUUAUUCCCAGCCGGGCUUAAGGACUAACUUGUUUGAGAAGGAAUGGGAGAAUGGUCGUUACAGCCUUCCUGGAUCUUUCGAGGAGCAUGACAGUUCUAUGGACUUAAAAAGUUCUGGUGAAGUACGGAACUGCGUGCUGCCCACUGACAUGGCGGAAAAUCAGACCAUGCUGUUCACGAUUGGCCAGUCGGAAGUUUACCUAAUCAGCCCGGACACCAAGAAAAUUGUUAUAGAGAAGAGCUUUAAAGAAAUCUCCUUUUGUUCUCAGGGAAUCCAGCACGUCGAUCACUUUGGUUUCAUCUGCAGGGAGCCUUUAGACUCUGGAGGCUGUCACUUUGUCUGCUAUGUGUUUCAAUGCACAAAUGAAGCGCUGGUGGACGAGAUCAUGUUGACCUUGAGGCAGGCUUUUAGUGUAGCUGCUGUGCAGCAGAAUACGAAGACUCCUGUGCCUCUGUGUGAUGGAUGUCCCAUGCAGUGCAUGCACAAACUGUGUGAGAAAAUAGAAGGUCUUCCGUCAUCAAAAACCAAGCUUGAAUUACAGAGACACAUCACCACAUUAAACAAUGAGGAGCAGGCCUCUGUGUUUGAGGAAGUACAGAAAAUACGUCCUCGGUCUGAACAGAGAGAAAACGAGUUCAUUAUCUCCCGGCUGAGAUGUCUCUAUGAAGAAAAGCAGCGAGAUCAUGUCCACUGUGUGGAACCAAAGCAGGUCUCUCAAAUUUCUAGCAACCCUCUGAACGAGCUACAGAUCAGUGCCCCCCGCUUCAGGUUGGAACUGUUUAAGAGCAAAGCAAAAAGAUCUCUAACCGAAUCUCUAGAAAGCAUUUUAUCAAGGGGGAAUAAAAAUCGCUCUCAACAGGACAGCUCCGGGAGCAUAGAUUAUGACCGUUCAUUAUGCACUCCGCUGGAAAGUAGUAGUAAGGAACCUUCCUUAAGCGAAGUGGAAGUACCUUUCCUAGAAACGCCUCUGAAGGCUCACGGCUCCAUGGGUGACUUGCCAACGGUAGCAGAAGGCUCCUUCUCUGAGCUUCCUGGAGAAUUAUCUCAUCAAGGAUUCCGACGUCGAGCUAACACUUUGAGUCAUUUCCCUGUCACAUCUCAGGAUUUACCAGAGCCUGUGCAGAAAACCCCAUCUGCUCCACAGAGGAAGCUUAUGCGACACCACUCCGUGAGCACCGAGACGCCGCUCAAAAGAAAUUCCAGCAUAGCUUCCAGUGUGCCUGAGAGCAGUUCAGCACAAUGUGACGAGGCUGCCCCUUCUCCUCCUGUCACUCCAGCCUCCUCUCCUAGAUUCCUCCAAAAACUAAGGCAUAACUCCGGUGGGGAACCUAGUGGUCCGGUCACUCAGAAGAGCCUCUUCUACCGCUCUUCUUUUCGGAAGAAACUACACUCUUCCUCUUCUGUGCCAAACUUUCUAAAGUUUCUAGUUCCGGUAGCAGAAAAUAGUGCAUCUGAAUGUAACAAGGAAUGUGACUUUGAGUGUAAGUCCGUCCACAGUGAAGCGGCGUGCAGCAGUCCAGUGAGGACUCGGCGGCAUUCUUGGAGACAGCAGAUCUUCCUGCGUGUGGCAACUCCACAGAAGGGAUGCGAUUCCCCAAACAGAUAUGAAGAACGUUCAGAAGUGGGUGAUUUGCCCCCAAGGUCUCCUCUACAGCCGGUAUUUGAAGAUGGUCCAUUUGGUACUCUAUCAGUAGGAAGGCUCCGCACUCCUGAAGAACUGAGAGAGCUUUGGAAAAAGGCCAUCAUACAGCAGAUUAUACUUCUCAGGAUGGAAAAAGAGAACCAAAAGUUACAAGCCUCAGAAAAUGAUUUGCUAAAUAAACGCCUGAAGCUUGACUAUGAAGAAAUCACUCCCUGUCUUAAAGAUGUGACACUAGUGUGGGAAAAAAUGCUGAACACCCCUGGAAGAGCAAAAAUUAAGACCGAUAUGGAAAAGAUUCAUGCUGCUGUUGGGCAAGGUGUCCCUCGCCAUCAUCGAGGAGAGAUCUGGAAGUUUUUAGCAGAACAGUAUCAGUUAAGGCAUCAGGUGCCCAACAGAAGCCCUGUUAAAGAUGUCCCCUAUAAAGAGCUACUAAAGCAGCUGACCACCCAACAGCAUGCAAUUCUUAUUGAUCUGGGACGCACCUUCCCAACACACCCAUACUUUUCGGCCCAGCUGGGAGCAGGACAGCUGUCACUCUACAACAUUUUAAAGGCCUAUUCCUUGCUGGAUCCUGAAGUGGGUUACUGCCAAGGGCUGAGCUUCGUCGCCGGGGUUCUGCUGCUACACAUGAGCGAAGAGGAUGCUUUUAAAUUGCUGAAGUUUCUGAUGUACGACAUGGGCUUAAGGAAACAGUACAGACCUGAUAUGGUCACCUUACAGAUCCAGAUGUACCAACUUUCUCGACUGCUUCAUGACUACCACAGAGACUUGUACAACCACCUAGAAGAGUAUGAGAUUGGACCUAGUCUGUAUGCCGCCCCUUGGUUUCUUACCAUGUUUGCCUCUCAGUUCCCUCUAGGUUUUGUGGCCCGAGUCUUUGAUAUGAUUUAUCUUCAGGGAUCAGAAGUUAUCUUUAAAGUGGCCCUAAGUUUGUUGGGCAGUCACAAACCCUUAAUCUUGCAACAAGAAAAUCUUGAGUCCAUUGUGGACUUCAUAAAGAACACACUGCCAAAUCUGGGCUUGGUACAAAUGGAGAAGACUAUAAACCAGGUUUUUGAAAUGGACAUUUCAAAGCAAUUGCAGGAUUACGAUGUGGAAUAUCAUGUACUGCAGGAUGAACUGAUCGAUUCCUCUCCUCUCAGUGACAACCAGAGAAUAAAUAAGUUAGAAAAGGCAAAUAAUACCUUACACAAACAGAACUUUGACCUAUUGGAGGAGUUACAGGUAUCCAAAGGCAGAAUCCAGAUUCUGGAGUCAACAGUUGAUAAUUUACAGAUUAAUGAAGUUAAAUUGAAACAGUGUGUCUGUACUCUAGAGCUUGAGCGAUCAGCCCUGCUAACCACAAUUGAGGAACUGAAAAAACAGAUCCAGGAGUCACAAAAUAGUCCUCUUUAGAUAAACCAUGAUCAUGAAGAACAUUUCACAUACCAAACAAAGCUGAUUUUACUAAAAAUGUCCAGGUCAUGUUCUUCCUUAUCCAUUGCACAUGCUUCCUUAUUAAGAAGAAGCAAUCUUCAGAUAAGGGGAUCUUACAUCACAGGAAUGAAUCUUCUGGUGUUUUUUCUUUGUCAUCAUUGUAGUAUUUUAUGCAUUUUUAGAUUUUUAUUUUCUUCUCAUUCUUGGUUUCUCUUGAGUUGUAAAUUUCAAAAUAUUUCAUAUUGGCCAAGCAAGGGAAAACCAUUAUAGAAAGGGAUAUAUUGUAAUCUUGAGUAUGCAAGAUCCUUUAGGAUUUCUUAUCUCCAAACCAAAGUGGAGCAGGCUGAGCUAAUAUUCAGUCCUUUUGGAAGCUAUAGCCAUAACAUGGUGAUUGGAUGUUCCCUUUUAAACCAAAGAUCUUUAUCAAAUCUUCCCUUAAAAGAUUAAUGCACAGAAUGAUCAUCUGCUCUCUCUGUUCCAUUUCUCCUAAGAUCAGUUGAGUGGGCAACUGAUGAUACCCAAAAGGCUUAAGGACCAUCAUAUGUUCCCAACAAUAAUGAUCUAAUAUCUGUGGGUUCCCUCCAUUAGUGGUGUCCAGCCUUUAGUUUUCUAGUUGUAGUAUAAGAGCAGCUAUAGAGAAAUAGGCCGGACACCAUUGGCCCAGAUCAAAAUCUUAUCCUGUAUCAGAAAAGAGCCAUGCAUCAGUAAUGUUACAAGUUCAAAACUCAUGUACGGAAUGCUUCCUUCUACACUACUUGGUUGUUGGCUAAGCACAUGUAGUCUAUGAAGUGCCUUCAGUGAGCUAAAUAUGCCUCAGAUGAUGGUAACUCUGACCACCUCUGCUCCACCCGCCUGACCGGAAAUGUGAACAGGGACUACAGUAUAUAGUGCUGGCUCUAGGGACAGGUUCAUGGCAAAUUCUCACAAAAAUGCUUUGGAUUUAGAAAUAUAUCUCCUACUGUGUCUUGUAUAAAUGUGUAUAUGCGACACAAGGUCAUAUUUUGAUUUUCAUGUAUUUUAUAUGAAGUUUCCCUGGUAAAUAUGGAACAUUUUAGGUGCUUAGAUGGAGCACAACCAUGUGGAGUCCUAAAAUUCACAUUUUAUCUUUUUUUUAUUAACUUAAAUAUUUAUAACUUGAUAUAUUAUUUGUAUCAUAUUUUUAAUGUGCAUUAUGCUUUUAACCCAAAUAACAAUACAGUUAGUGGUUUGCUGUUAAUUAGAGCUAUUUCUUGGUUUCAGUCAUGUCUUCCCGAUGUUGUAUUCAUACCAAAGCUCAGCCUAGCUAGCAGCAUAAAUUUCACAUAAGCCACACCCAGGACUAAUUAGUUGAUCUAAUCAUAUGGCUUAUAUUAUAUCGCUAUGAUCCUUUACGUACUGAAAAUUUUAGUUCAUUUUGCUUGAGUCUGCAUUGAUGUAAUUUGGGACACAUUUAUCAAAUGUCACACUGUUUUUAAUACAUUUGGUGCAUCUUUAAAUCUAGCACUUCUGUUUAGAGAUACUGCUCCACUUUCUGUGCCACUUCUUUACUACAGGAAGAUUGAGACAAUUUUUGAGACUUUCAGAGCAAUGAUGGUGUUGCUGUUACUCUUAGAGAAUCAACUCUCUCUGCAAUUGCUGCCACCUCUCUACUUUGACAGGGUCUGGCAGGAGUGAUCACGUUUACACUGCCUGGUCCUGUCAAUAAAGUGCAGAGAGGGCAGAGCCUCUAGCUGUAAAGGCAAUAUCCCCAUUGCCCCUAGAGGCUCAUUUGCAUAUAUUUAAACUUUAUUUUUCUCAGCAAUGUGGGCACUUAUGGACACAAGAGUAAAAUGGAUGCCUUUAGCUGCAGACAGAUGCCCUUUAAAAGCAAGUUGAUAAAUCUGACGUAAAUCAGAGCAGAUGGCUAACCGUGCCCACUUGACACCCACUUUUGAAACUUUGAGUGGAGUAAAAAUCCAAAAUUUCUCAUCAUUUUUGAGCACAUAAGUCACAAAGCCCUUUUUGAAGUCCGAAUUCCUCCAAAUAUACAGACAUUUUGCUGUGAUUUUUAAAUGGAGCCAUUGUUCAGGCACAUUGACCUACACAGGGCAUUAUUGGCCCAUUGUUGACAAGUUUCGGGAAUGAACUAUCAAACCAAGAAAACAUUUAAAAUCUAUUUUAUAAAUGUUCUUACUGAUAAACCACUAGUGCCUGCCAGCUACAAGUUGCUUGUGUUUUCCCUCUGGACAGAAAUUUAAAUGUGAUGGCAUUGUAGGAGUUAUGGAGAAGGGGGUUUUUGACUCUGCACAACUGCCUCUGCAGUACUCCUGCUAGAUGGACCUUUUUUAGUGCAGGAUGAUGUUAUUAUGCUGCUACAGACGUACAAUACACUUGUGCUGAAUAUCAGCUAAAAAGAACAUACCAGGUAAUUUAUAGUCUUAUGCCACCUCUGACAUCUGCAACCAUUAACAGAAUGUGGAAUCCUGUCCCAUGACUACAGGGAAUUCUCUAUUCACAGCAUCUGCAGGAAGUUUAUAGCAUAUUCUGUGUAACUGUCUAAGAUGGGGGAAACCCCCUUUAAGUAGCCCAUACAAUAUUUGGCUUUACACUUCUGGUAAUUUUAAGUGCACAACUUUUGUAAAACAAAAAAAGUUAAGUAUAUAUUUUUUUUUAUUGUAAUUGAACUACUGAAGCUAACUCAAAAUACAAUGGUGACAUCCUUUAUGUGACUAUGUAUGUAAUUCCUGUAAGGGUAGUUCCACACCUCCGUUUUAGUGAUCCGGCAGGAUAUUUCAGCAGAGUGUUCAGUAGCGGCAUACUACUGGUAAGCCCUGGACUACAUUGACUAUAAUGGGAUUCGGUGGGAAUCCGGACAGUUUCCGGCAUGAGUGCUGGAUUUCGAUCAGGCAAAAAAACGGCGCAUAUAGUCAAUGGGGUCUGGUGGUUAACGGCAGUAUCUGUCUAGGCUUCAUCCGGAGAACUCCGGCAGACUGUUCUCUGCCAGAACAGCCUGAUGGAUAAUUUAAACGUAGAUAUAAAAAAAAUAGCCUAAGGGUAUGUCCGGAUGUAGCAUAUUAUGGCACAAAACUCUUACAUACGGAUUUCACAGAUUUGCCCCAUCCACAUAUAUUUUACUUCUUAAAGUAGAUUUUUUGAGGCCAGAAUCCUUACUGAAAAUCCGCAACAAAUCCACAAUAUCUGAACUUGCUCAAAUGGCAGGACUUGCACAGAUUUAGCUGUUUUUAAACAGAUAUUACAAUCUAUUGUUUAUUCUUGAUAAAAAGUUUGAUUUUCUUUUCUACAUUUCUGUAUCUGUUCUUAGGCUUCACCAUACGUUUUAUCAUCUUGCUGUAGACAAUAUACAUAGAGCAGUUCCAUUUGGUCAGUAGAAUCGCCAUAUAUAAACUGUUUCGUUCUUCCACUUGAAUAGCCAUUUGUAAAAAAGAAAAACUGUAAAAUACUUUUUAAUUUUAAUACAAAAAAUUUGUACAGCUUUCUCACUCUAACAUUUUAGAAUCUUGUGUGAAGCAAAGUGUUGCUUAACUAUAGAUUAGUGUAAAUGUGCUUCAGUAAUUAUUAUUUUUCAGCACCACUAAUUCCACUUGAGAAAUCGGAUAACACAGAAAUGAUCAUAUACAUGUGUUCUAUUUACUCCCCACUCUCCUGCACCCAAAAUCACAUUCACAGGGGUGUAAAAAUAUAUGUGAUAUGCCCUCUUUAGGAUCACACAACAUCAAAAAUUUGGUGGCCACAGGUGACGCUUUUUCAUGACCAACAAAAUGGCUAUUCUAAAUCAAGAAGUCAAAAGUUGUGCUUUGCCCUUUAGAACGAGGACAUUUUCCUCUUGCUUCUGGAGAUCUUUCAGGAAACUGUGCCAAGAUCUCAGCUAAGUGGACUUGUAUAUGAUUUAAGGGUAUCAUUACCGGUGGGACAUAGUUGGCCAUUGUUGCUCUCUAUCAUCACACCUGAAUUUUCAGCUUUUGACCGAAGUUAAACUUAAAGGUGUAUCUUCAUCUUAGAUAUUUUGGUGUAUUCACUUCUCUGGGACCCUUACCAAUCUCCAGAAUGGGGGUUCCUUUAUCUCUUCCUGAAUAUGCACAUGUGCAGCAACCUCCAUUAAUUCUCUGCUUGGAUACCAAGGCUAGUGGCAGCCCUAUCAGGCAAGAUGGUGUUUGGAAAACCACAGACUGAAGGAAGGUACAAAUCUGUAGGUUAGGUUUUAAUUUUCAAGAACUAUUUUUUAGUCAACAAGAUUUGACUAGAUUUUGGUCAUCGAGUAGUUCAAUUGUCCAGAAUUUACCAAGUUGCGGUGUUUCACCGCAGUUUCAAAACAUACACUAGUGGUCAAAAGUCUUCUUGACAAUUGUAUAGGUCUCUUUAGUGGCAUUAGGUCCGUGACAGUCAACUGUUGCUUUCUUUCAAAAUUUACAACCCUUCAUAGCUUUUAAUAAUUCACAGAGGGCUGGAGAAAUGUUUUCUGCACGUUUUGAAAGCGGGAAUGACUGAUUCACUAUUUUAGUAAUGCCAAAUUGGAGUAAAAUUGUUUCUUUUAGUAACUACUGUUCUGUAGGUACACUCUUUAGGCUUUGUCAAACCUUGCACUCCGGAAUCUUAUCUUUAAAAACAUCACAAGACAAGGGAGGGGUUGUUCGACUUGCACAACAUUUUUUCAAAUUUUUUAUAUAUUUUUUGCAUUUUUAAACCCAGUUUUGAAAAGUGGGUGCGGUUAGUCUGUAAAGGAGUCUCACUCCAAAUAUAUGAUUGAUUCCAAAAGCCACUGUAGUCGGGGAAGGUGCAGAAAACUAGGGUAGCAUUUCUAAUCGGAGCCAGAUUUAACAAACAAUGUGCAUUGUUAAAUUUGCAGCAAAGUAUUCCAACGAGGACUCGAGCAAAACUUACUUCAAACAUUACCCUUGUGAUAAAUUCCCUCUCUUAGAGUUUACUAUGAAUAAAAAAAAGUGGAAGAAUGUAAAACUGAAAGUGAAAUAUGUGGAGAAAUAUUCAAGGAAUUACAGAAUGUCCCUAAGGUAUCGAAAAAUGUUUUGGCAAAGCAGUGAGAAGAAGGAUUCUAAAAUAAAUCAAAUGGACGUAUCAGGAAGUGUAUGUAUUUUUUUUUCUGAGUCUGAUCCCUAUGGACCAGGCUAAUUCCUUGUACACAUUUUACUUGUACAGUGUUAUUUCCUUAGUGUAAUGUGUAUAGAUUGGCACGUGUAUAUAUUAUAUAAAGACUUAUCACCACUGGUGGCCUUAGUUUUUCUUAUUUAGUGUGUUUUGCUUAUUUUUGAUUGUAUUGAUCUAUUUUACACAGUUUGUAUCAUUGAUAUGGUUAUCCCAAAGCUCUGGAAAGCAAGAAUGAGAAAUUGCAUUUAAACAUAAAAUACAGUGCUGUGAAAGUA